ACCAUCAAUCGGAUUCCUUUGCUCUGCAGAAGAAUGCAAAGCUGAUCGAUAGUAAUUGCUCCAAGAAUGUGAGUGCGCGGCGCGCGUGUGUGUAAAAGAGAGACAGACAGACACAGGCAGAGUGGUGUGUGCAUUACUGUGCAUUAUGCACGCAGGGACUGGGUGCUUGUGUAAAGCCACCAACAAGUGUCUGCCAUUUCAGCAAAAGAAAAAAUGCAAAGGUGCAGAUGUGACGCGACUGAAAGUACCUCCCGGUGAGCCAACCUCCCAUGCAAGGAACAGAUGGAAGCGCUUCAUUCUCAGCAUCUCAUACAUAUUGGAAGGCUUAAUACACACAUACAACUUUGCCAGGUGUAUUGGAACAAGACAUACGCAAGAAUUACAGCAUUUUCCGAUUAUUGUGUGGACCUAUUUCAAAAAUGCUACCCCAAACCAUUCAUUCAUCAUGUACUAGAUGCAGCUUAGUAUCCCUGAAAUUGGAUAUAAACUCAAGAAAGUACUUCAUUUCUGAGUGAAUUGCUAUCGCAGCAUGUGAAGUUAAAGGAACCUAUAAAACAUGAAUAAUAAGGUUGCCAAAACUCUUAAUAUUACUAAAUUGUCGAAAUGGCCAGAGUUUUUUGGUAGGAUAUUCUCAGAUGUGCCGAAUCUUUUCUUGUAGUGAGCCACUAAUGGGCUCCCACGGAAAGUUCUUCAUUUAUGUAGCAUUAGACAUCAAUGCUUCUUUACCGAGGGAGAUCAUGCAAAAUAAGACCACUGUUACCGUAUCACCAGAACUGAACAAGGGGAUUAUUAUUAGAAUAGUAACUGGAAGUUUGCUGUCGCUCUUGAUCCUUUGGACUUUAUUUGGGAAUAUAGUUGUGUGCACCGCGGUAAUUCGAUUCCGACACCUUCGCUCCAAAGUUACCAACAUAUUUAUUGUAUCGUUAGCAGUUUCUGAUCUCUUUGUUGCUUUGCUAGUAAUGCCAUGGAAGGCAGUAGCAGAGGUGGCUGGAUACUGGCCAUUUGGUGCCUUUUGCAACGUAUGGGUGGCUUUUGACAUCAUGUGCUCUACAGCGUCUAUUCUAAAUCUCUGUGUCAUAAGUGUUGACAGGUACUGGGCUAUUUCUAGUCCUUUUAGAUACGAACGAAAGAUGACUCAGAAACUUGCACUUAUUAUGAUAGGGGUGACUUGGACCUUAUCUGUACUGAUAUCUUUCAUCCCGGUGCAGCUAAACUGGCACAAAACUGAUUCCAGCACGGAAGUAAUCUCAGUUAAUGGAACGACUGUCCAGGAGUCUGAGAACUGUGAUUCCAGCUUAAACAGGACUUACGCCAUUUCGUCUUCACUGAUCAGCUUUUAUAUACCAGUUGCCAUCAUGAUUGUGACUUACACUAGAAUAUAUCGGAUUGCACAAAUUCAGAUCAGGAGAAUCUCAUCCCUGGAGAGAGCAGCGGAGCAUGCCACUAGCUGUAGGAGCACCAGAAUGGACUGCCACCACCAUGCCAGCCUCAAGUCCUCUAUCAAGAAGGAGACUAAAGUCCUUAAAACGUUAUCAGUGAUUAUGGGGGUUUUUGUUUGUUGCUGGCUACCCUUUUUUGUCCUAAACUGUAUAGUUCCUUUUUGUGAAUAUGCUCCUGAUGACCCUGAAGCCGGACUGCCUUGUGUCAGUGAGACCACUUUUGAUAUAUUUGUGUGGUUUGGCUGGGUCAACUCUUCACUAAACCCUAUCAUCUAUGCCUUCAAUGCAGACUUCCGAAAGGCAUUUUCUACCCUUGUUGGCUGUAGCCAUGUCUGUUCCAACACACCAGUUGAGACGGUCAACAUCAGCAACGAGAUGGUGUCUUACAACCAAGACACUGCCUUUCACAAAGAGAUAGUUACCGCUUAUGUCAACAUGAUUCCUAAUGUCGUAGAUUGUAUAGAAGACAUGGAUGACACAUUUGACAGAAUGUCCCAAAUAUCCCAGUCUUCCCAAAACCAUGAAGUGGCAACUGACUCUAUAUGUGACUUCGACUGCAGUGCAGAUAUCUCUUUGGACAAAAUUACAAGUUAUACCCCUAAUGGUUUACAUUAAGUCAAAACCAGCACCCCUUAACCAAAUUGCAUUUUCCUUUGCAAACAAAGCAGCAUAAGAUAAAGGGUUCUGUGUCUGAGAGGUCAGAGUGCGUACCAUAGAUAAGAGCUAUGUUGAUAUUGUUACUCAGUUUUAAAUAGUAAACACUCCUGUCCCUGGAGUGUAAAGUUAUUUGUGAAGAUCAUUUAAAAUCUUUAUGCAUGUUAGUGUUAACAGGAGUUAAUCUGAGAAAGUGGUAUGAACACCCGGAAUGCGCACAGUAAAUCGUUGUUUUCUUUUUAAA